AUGGCAAGCCAAUCCGGUGACCGGACGAUUUCAGCGGCACGGUCCGUGCUCUCUCAUCUUCAUCAGGCACUGGAUCUGCAGUUUGCAUUCGAAUUGUGGGACGGAUCCCUCGUCCCGGCGGAUGCAGCAGCGGAUGGACUUCGGAUUGCGCUGGCACCCAAAGCUCUAACCAGGCUGCUUCGCAGUCCGGGUAUCAAGACCGUCGUCGACCUUUAUUCCACCGGAGAGAUCGACCCGCGCGGCGGAACAAUCUUCGAAUUCGCCGAGAGAAGACCCAAGAUCAAAAGCCGGGAACUGCGCAAGCGGCUGAACAAGAUGUUGCUGCUGAAAAACGCGGUACCGCUGCUACUGGGUGCAAAGGACACCGGCGCCCGGCAACAGGAAGAGGGUCUGGACGCCGGCACGGUGGCCGACAGAAGCUCCGGCAGCCGGAAGGACGACAUCGCCUUUCACUACGACGUCUCAAAUGACUUCUAUAAGCUCUUUCUUGACCCCGAGAUGGUUUAUACGUGCGCAUAUUUCCGCGAUUGGUCCAAUGAUCUGGCAACAGCCCAGAAAGACAAGCUGGACAUGAUUUGCAGGAAACUUCGCCUGAAGCCUGGCGAUCGGAUGCUCGAUAUCGGUUGCGGUUGGGGGGCCCUGAUCUGCCAUGCGGCGGAACAUUAUGGCGUGACGGCGGUCGGUGUGACCCUUGCCGAAGAGCAGCUCAAACUUGCGCGCGAAAGGAUCGCGGAGCGUGGUCUUGAGGACAAGGUUUCGGUCGAGUUGAUCGAUUACCGCGACAUGAAGGGCGAACGGUUCGACAAGAUUUCCUCAAUCGGCAUGUUCGAAGCCGUCGGUCUGGACAACUACGACAAUUAUUUCCGGAGCGUGCAUCGGCUGCUCAAGCCGCGGGGGAUCUAUCUGCACCACGCGAUCACUCGGCGCGGCAAGAAGGACCUUAAGAAAUUUCGCCGAAAGAAGCCGGAGUACCAGGCAUUGGUACGCUAUAUCUUCCCUGGUGGAGAAGUGGACCAUAUCGGCUGGACACUGACAAAUCUGGAAGCGCACGGAUUUGAAGUUCACGACGUGGAGGCAUGGCGUGAACACUAUGCCCGCACCACGCGCCUUUGGGCCGAAAACCUGAUGGCGGUCAGGGACGCGGCAAUCGCGGACAUCGGUGAACAGAAAUACCGUCUCUGGCUGGCCUAUCUGUGCGGUGUAUCCCUCGGUUUCGACCGCGGGUCUAUCGGUAUCUUUCAGACCGUCGCGUCCCGCCGCACGAAAGGGCCUUCCGGACUGCCGCCUUCCAGGGAAGACCUUUAUCAGCGGUGA